GCGUAACUGUCAACCAAGCGUUCCUUUCAAGUUAGCGUUUACGCCUUGAGCUCGUCCAAUGUUUCCUUCCCCUGCCCCCUCAAGGAGAAGCUAUACUGCUUCGGCUUGACGCUUUUGUUUACAUUUUUCAGAUUUGAGGUUAGCUGUCAACAUAGCUCGUGGUAUACAAUUUGUGUGUGAACGUAAAUUUUUAAAUAUUUUUGGCAAGCCGGAAGUAUGGGAAGUACCCAAAGACUUCAAAUUCUUGAUCCCGAAAGUGGAAUAGCAUAUACUUUAUUUCUGAGCGAGGAAGAUGCUCAGCGAGCACGUGAAGAUGACAAAUUUGCGAAUUCAUUGUUACUUCCCGCAAAAAUUAUGCAAGAUUCUUAUAGCAAAAACCCUGUCACUGCCGAGGCCGAGGAUGAUACGGAACCAACUGCUAUUGAAUCGGAGGCAGUCGCUGAAGUUGCUGCAGGAAAUACGUUGUGCGAUGUAGAUGGUAAUACAAAAGUAAAUUAUGUGUGGCAAUACAAUCAAGUGGCGGAUUUGAUAAAAUCCAUGACUACACAUAUUGAAGAUUUAAAUCAUCCCAAAAAGAGGAAGCAGGUGUUUGAAAACGUGGCAAAUGAUUUAAUAAGUAGUAAGUACAAUGUGAAUGCAGCAAUAGUGCAAAAUAAAUGGAACAGUUUAUUAAAAAGUUACCGCAAAGCUAAAGACAAUAAAUCUAGAACUGGUCGCUCGCCGUCUCGCUUCAAUUUUUUUGAUUUAAUGGACGAGCUGGGAUCAAAUCCGACAAAUUCGUGUUCACAUGCAUUAGAUUCCAGCGAAGGCAGAAUCGAUGAAAUACCAGAAGUUCCAGCAAGUCCAAAUGAAUCCACUUUAUCAAGCGCAUAAGUAAUGAGACAAUAGUACCCCAACAGGCCCAACACGAUGGGAAAUUCAGCGAAAAAAGAUUCAAGCGAGAGUACAUUGAAUUAAAACGUAAGGAGUGUGAAAAACGACAAAAACGGCACGAAGAGUAUAUUGCACUUGAAAACAGGAAAUUAGAUCUUCUUGAAAAGUACCUCAAUUUAAAACAAUGAUUACUUUUAAAAUUCAUCUUUAUGUAGGUAUAAAAAAUAUUUACAUUCGGCCUUAUGCAGUAUGCACAUUUGACUUAAGUCAAGGUUGAAAUUAUGACAUAAAAACGACAUUUGACAGCAAUUUCAAUAUUUGGUAUGCAGUAUGACACACAUUUCAAUUUAUUGAAAGUAGACGUUUCAAUAAAUUGAAAUCACACCAAGUGACCUUGUAGAUUACAAGAAUCUAUAUGCACUAAUGCAAAAAUUGAAAUAAUUUUCAAGUCAAGGUUGAAAUCAAAUCAAUUUUUCAAACGUAUUGAAAAAUCUAGCACGUUAUACAUACUUGAAAUGAGUAAAAAGUGUGGUUAAACAUUAAAAAUGGACUUAGAUUUUUUGGUAGAAAUAUUAGAAGAGGAUAGGAACAGGUAGCAACACUUUCUGUAGAGUGUUCUUACUAUUUUUCUGUAAUUAAUAGGCGAAAUGUUAAUCUACAUCGUAGACAUCUAAGAGACACUAGUGACCCUUUAUCUCUGCCAGAGGAACAUUUUAGGGGCAUAUUUAGAGUUUCGAGAGAACUAGCACAUUGGGUGCUCACACAACUCCUACCUCACAUGAGAGAUUGUGCACGUAACACAUCCAUUCCAAAGGGGUUAAGGGUAAACAAAUCAUUUGUGUUUGUUUAUCACAAGGUUUGUUAAAUUUUAGUUCUUUACUACUUUGCAUUUUUUGAGCCAAGGCUCUUAUCAAAAAGGUAUUGGUCAAGAUUAUUUGACGAAUAUGCAUCAAAGUUCUGUGAGCAGAUGCAUCACAGAAGUAACAGAUGUUAUGGUAGAAGUAUUGGGUUAUACCAUACAAUUUCCAGAAGGAGAAGCUGAAAAAAAUCAGGAAAAGCAAUUGUUUAUUGGCAUAGGUGGAUUUCCUGGUAUAAUAGGGUGCAUUGAUGGCACCCAAAUAGCCAUAGUAGCACCAAAAACAGAACACCCAGAAAUGCCAGGGGUUAUUUUUUAUUGCAGAAAGCAAUAUUAUAGUUUAAAUGUGCAGAUAUUGCAGAUUUGUAAUGCACAGCUAAAAAUAACUAAUAUCAAUGCCAGAUUCCCUGGAUCCGUACAUGAUUCGGCGAUAUGGCAAACAUCAUUAGUGAGAAGGCAUUUGGUAAAUAAUUAUGUUGGAAAUAGAAACCAAACGACUUAUUUAUUGGGAGAUUCAGGUUACCCACUGGAACCAUGGCUACUCACUCCAAUAGCAAAUCCAUUAACCGAUGCAGAAAGACAAUUCAACCGUCGCCAUAUUAAUAUUAGAAAUACUGUGGAGAGGACUAUUGGUGUAUUAAAACAACGCUUUCGAUGCUGCCUUAAACACAGGACAUUGCAUUAUUCUCCCGAACGCGCUGCACACAUUAUUUAUUCGGCUGCCAUAUUGCACAAUCUUUGCAUUACUCGAAAUGAAUAUCUUGAUGACAUUAAUGGUAACGGUAAUGGAGAAGAGUUUAAUGACUGUCAUGAUGCAGGCAACAUUGAUAACAAUAUUGAUGGUGUAGGUGUAGAUCAUGCCGAAAGAAACUUUUUACGUUAUGGCCGUAAUAUGAGGAACAGAGUGGUGGAUAAUUACUGCAUAUAGCUAUAAUAAACCAUUGAAUAAUAAACAUUUAUUAUGUAGAUGUACUUAAAACUAGAGUAAAUAGGUUUAAAAUCGCAUCAUGCAGAGCAUGCAAACUUUUUUGAAUAGCGAGUAAACUAUUUUUUAGUUUUGUUGAGCCGCUUUUCAAUGUGGUGUAUAAAUCA